UCCAAUUCCGGCCGGCUUGACACUGGUGUGGAAAAAAGAUGGCUGCUUCGGCGGCAACGGCGAGUUCUUCCCCCGGUCUGUGUCCGAAUUACGCCGCGAUCUGCUCCUUUCUGGAGCGGUACGGAGCGCUGCUGGACCUGCCGGAGCUCACCUUCCCCCAGCUGGAGCGAUACCUCCGGGACACGUCGGCAGUGCCGAAGCUGCUGGUCGAUCUGCACGUGAAGCUGCUGAGGAAGAUCGGAAAGUCUGUGUCGGCCGACCGGUGGGAGAAAUACCUGGUGAAGAUCUGCCAGGACUUGAACACAACGUGGGCGUGGGAGCUGGAGCAGAGCGGCUACAAGGAGCUGUCGCUGGAGAGCAAGACGGGGAUCCUGAAGUAUUUGUGCGAGUGUCAGUUUGAUGAAAAUGUCAAGUUCAAAACCGUGGUCAACGAGGAGGACCCGGACAAGAUGCGCCUGCAGCCGAUUGGCCGGGACAAAGACGGCCAGAUGUACUGGUUCCAGCUGGACCAGGACGACAACGUGCGCGUCUACCUGGAGGAGCAGGACGACGUGGACGGGUCGUCAUGGCGAUGCAUCGUCAAAGAGAGGAACGAGCUGGCCGAGGUUCUGGCUCUGCUGAAGACACAAAUCGACCCCGAGCUGCUCAAAAAAGAUCAAGAAAACAAACCUGAGGGUGAAGUCAAAAAGGUUGAGGCCUCGUCGGAUGAAGACUCCACCAAGGCCGUCGCCCCAAAGUCGGAGAACCUCGAGAACUCGACGGAGGACCUCGAGAACUCGACGCAGAAAAACGACUUGAAGUCCGAAGCUUCUGAGGCCAAGUCGUCCCUGAACGGCGUCGCCGAGGGAGGAAGUCGAGCCGAGCUCCGCUCAGAGAAGUCCGCGGUGGAUCUGGACGUCGACGCGAAAGCCCAGAACAUCAAAGAGGAGCCGAUGGAGGCGACGGACGCCGGGAUCACCACGACGACGACGACCACGACGACCGGCGGCCCCGUCUCCGAGACGCCGCGUCUACCGGUGAAGGCGGAGCAAAGGGAGGAGGCCAAGAAGAGCGCGGUGGACGGCAUCCAACAGGCUCUGAGCGACCAGCAGGCCAAGAUCCCCUUGAAGAAACGGGGGAUGAAGUUCAGUGAAGACUUUGAGAAGAAGAGUGGCAUCAUCGUGCAAAACCCGUCGGCGUCGCAGGCGAAGGAAGCGGCGAAGGCGGCGGCGGUUGUGAACGUGAACGGAGAAGCUUCGCCGGCGGAAGGAAAAGGAGGCGAGGAGGCGACGGGGAAACGGGAUGCAGAGAAGAAGAAAGACGACUCGGGCAAAAAGAAUCCAGAUCCGGAACGCGCCGAGUCGAAAGGAAAGGCGGAGCCUCCGAAAGGACCGCCCCUUUUACCCGAAGGCGUGAAUAAGGCAGCGGAGAAGCCGUCCGAUCACGAAGAGCAAGGAAGAGUAAAAGAAACGGCGAAAGGGUCUCGCUCAGCGGACGACGUGUCAAAGAAAACCCGAGAGCCGGAGAAAGCCAAAGAAGCGGAGAAGUCCCCGGCUAACGGAACGCCGGGCGUCAUCAAAACGACGCCGUGCGAAGACAAAGGCGCCGCAAAGAAACCGUCCGACUCGCCGUCCGUCAUCAAGAAGACGGACGCUCUGAAAGACGCCGACGAUGGGCUCCUCAAGGUCAGCGAGGUCAUCAAGGUCAGCGAGGUCAUCAAGGUCAGCGAGGUCAUCAGAAAGGCAGACGGACCGGUCGUCUGUGAGAGAUCCGGAGGAGAGACCAUCGGGUCUUCUGUUAUUAAGAAGUUAGACGCGUCGUGUAAACCUGGCGCCAAAGACGCCGAGAUGAAGGCGAAGAAAACCCCCGACGCCGGAGAGGCGGAGCCGAGUAAAACGUCUGACGGUGGAAAGAAGACGGUGGCCUGUGAGGACCGAGCGAUGCGCCAUGUUUCCAAAAUGGCUGCACCCGGACCUGUGGAGGCCGAAGGAGCGGCCGUCAAACCCGAUCCAAAGCCUCGAGGAGACGACAAGGAUGAGACCUCGGUUGCGCUUAGGACAGAGGAAGCUUCUGUACUUAGGACAGAGGAAGCUUCUGGACGUAAGAGGACAGAGGAAGCUUCUGGAUGUAGGACAGAGGAAGCUUCUGGACGUAAGAGGACAGAGGAAGCUUCUGUACGUAGGACAGAGGAAGCUUCUGUACGUAGGACAGAGGAAGCGUCUGCUCGUAGGACAGAGGAAGCUUCUGGACGUAAGAGGACAGAGGAAGCUUCUGGAUGUAGGACAGAGGAAGCUUCUGGACGUAAGAGGAUAGAGGAAGCUUCUGCUCGUAGGACAGAGGAAGCUUCUGUACGUAGGACAGAGGAAGCUUCUGUACGUAGGACAGAGGAAGCUUCUGGACGUAGGACAGAGGAAGCGUCUGCUCGUAGGACAGAGGAAGCUUCUAGACGUAGGACAGAGGAAGCUUCUGGACGAAAGAGGACAGAGGAAGCUUCUGGAGGAACAGAUAGCCCGUCCAGUACCUCCAAAGAAAGUUAUAAAACAACUGACAGACCAGACCAGGAAACUAAAAAACCAGAAGCAGAGAGUAAAAAGGACACAGACGUUGGACAGAAAAAGGACACAGACGUUGGACAGAAAAAGGACACAGACGUUAGACAGAAAAAGGACGAAGACGAUGGAAAACAAAGGAAUGACGGUGAGAAACUGUGUCAAGGCAACGAGAAUCAAAAGGAUGAAACAAAAGGGAAGAAACGCGCUCAUAAAGAGAGUGAAACUUUGACCAAAUCGGGAAGAUCUGCUCCUCAAAACGUGAGCAAAGAACUCGACGGCAAAUCCUCAACCGAAGCGGCGAAAGACGGCGAGGACGAGGACUCUGCAGCGAAGAAAGAGGUGGCGAACGGCGGCGAAGCGCUGACUUCCUGUCUCAUAAUCCGGCCCCGGGGCCACCGGAGGAGAGUCCGGCUCCAGAGGGAGGAGAGACCGGCGGACUCCGAGUCCGACACCAACACGGGGAGAUCUCUCCGCCGAUCGCCGAGGAUCUCCAGACCGACGGCGAAGGCGGUGGAGAUCCACGACAGGAAGCUGGAGAGGACGCACGCCGAGAAGAAUGAAGACGACGCGGGGGAGAAGGAAAAAGAGGAGGAGGAGGAAGAGGAAGAGGUGAAAGCUGUUCAGAAGAAACCAAGAGAGAAAAAGGUGGAUCAGGAGGGUCAGCCCAAACCGAAGGGGAGGAAGAGGCGGCGGGUCCGGUGGUCCAACACGCGGACGCGCCGCAAAAAGAAAGGCUCCGAAGACGACGGCAGCGACGGGGAGUCCAGCGAGGAGGAGGAGGAGGAGGAGGAGGAGGAGGAGAGCGAGGACGACAGCGACGAAGACUACAAGGUGGAGCGGAGCAAGAAGAGGAGGAGUCGCCUCCGAGAAAGACGAAGCUCGGACUCGUCCACGUCCACGGACGACGACCUGCCGCCCAACGACGACCCCUGUAAACACUGCGGUCUGCCCAACCACCCCGAGCUGAUCUUGCUGUGUGACUCCUGUGACAGCGGGUACCACACCGCCUGCCUGCGGCCGCCGCUCAUGAUCAUCCCCGAUGGAGAGUGGUUCUGCCCGCCUUGUCAACACAAACUGCUCUGCGACAAAUUAGAAGAGCAGCUCACGAACCUCGACGCUGCUUUGAAGAAGAAGGAACGGGCCGAGAGAAGGAAAGAGCGUCUCAUCUACGUCGGCAUCAGCCUCGAGAACAUCAUCGCGCCCUCAGGGGAGGUGGAGGAGGAGAAGCCCGAGAUCAUCAUCAAGGAGGAGAAGAAGAAGGAGUCGAAGCGGAGAGGGAGCUGGGGUCGAAGGUCAACGAGGACGAAGAAGUCCAUCAGCUACAGAUUUGAUGAAUUCGACGAGGCGAUCGAGGAGGCGAUCGAGGAAGACCUCAAAGAAGCGGAGGGCGGAGGAGCCGGUCGGGGGAAAGACAUGGCCAACAUCACGGGCCACCGGGGGAAGGACAUGUCCACCAUCCUGCAGGCGGACGAGGGCAAAGAGAACGCCCCCCCGCCCCGCCCCCCCCCAGUCGGGCCGCGCAGGAAGAAACGCCGGCGCCUGAACGACCUGGACAGCGACAGCACCGUGGACGAGGAGGAGAGCGAGGACGAGUUCCGCGUCAGCGAAAGCUCGGAGGAGGAGUUCGUCGUGUCCGAGAACGAGACGGACGGCGAGUCGGAGUCCAACAGCGAGCCGGCCGGCGGCGCCGUGCGGCGCGGCGGCGCCGAGCGGCGCAGGAAGCCGUUGAAACGGCGGCGCAGCGCCAGGAAACGGCGAAGGCCGAGAGGCUACUCGGAUGACGAAGAGGAGGAAACGGACGAAGAGGACGAGGACGAAAUGGUGACCGAAGGCUCCAGCGAGUACAGCGACAGUGAUCUGGAUAUGAGUCGCCGGCGGUCCCGGCGGAGUCAGAAGAAGCGGGUCAACUACCACGAGACCUCCGAGUCCGACGGCUCCCGGGCAGAAACCCACCGGCCCAGAAAGAGGCCCAAAGGCCCGCAGGACAGCUCCGACAGCGAGGAGAGUUCCUCCAGAGGCUCCGAGGAGGAGUCGAGGGUGAAGAGGGUGAAGAGGAGAGCCGACUCCUCGGAGGAGGAGGAGGAGGAGGAGGAAGGCUCCCGGCAGCGACGCCGACGGCUCGCUCUGAAGCGCAGGAGAACCUCCGAGCACGACGACUCGGACGACUCGUCAGACGACUCGUCGGAGGAGGACCGCCCGGUCCGCAAACGGGUGAACCGCAUCGACUCCGACGACAGCGAGGAGGAGAAGAAGGAGGAGGAGGAGGAAAAGAAGGAGGAGAAGGAGAAGGAGGAGGAGGAGAAAGCGAAAGAUGAACCAAAGGAGGAGAAAACGGCUGAAAAAGCAGUCGAGGAGUCAAAGGGAACAAACCCGGUGGGCGGGGCCUCGGCGGAGCCGCCGCCCACCAACGGAAAGAGCCCGGUGAAGAGCCUCGAGGGCGCCGUCAGCCGGCCCGCCGCCGAACGCCCGGAACCGCCCAAAAACACGGGCGCCGCGCCAGCUGUCGCCGUGGCGCCCAACGGGCAGGUCGGCCCGGAGGUGGCGCCGCAGGAGGAAGACGAAGACGACCUGUUGGGAGUCACGGACCUCGUGGAUUACGUCUGCAAUAACGAAGAUUUGUAAAAAAAACAACAACAACAACAACAACAAAUGGUGUACUGUUUCAUUUUUUGUGGUAUUGUAUUUUUAUAUUGCUUAACUUUAUUAUCCCCCACCAACACCUUCUGUCCUCUUCACUCGGCCCGUCCCUGUGGGAUGGUUCUACGGCUCCUCAUCCUCCGUUUGCCCUUCAUGGUCUUCCUCGUCUUCAUCCUCUUCCUCGUCUUCAUCGUCCAGCUCUACUGCCAAACCACCUCCCCAACCGUCAUCGUUCUCUAAAUCCAGAUUUCUACCAGUUCUAACUCUCGUUCUCGUCCACGUUGAAGAUCUGAACGCCAAACUAUAACUAUAACUUCAAUGAUUUAACGUUCUGGGACUUUAUUCGAAAAAUAAUCUCGGUUGUACGUUUUUCCUGUGAAAGAAUAGUUUUACAUUUUGGGAAAAGUGGUCAUUAAUUUGACUUCAGGCAGCAGCCGGCUAGCUUAGCUUAGCUUAGCUACAAGGGGGCCUGUUUCGAUUGGUCAAGUCUGCUUCUGGCUAGCGUGACUAUGCUAUGCUAACGGCUAUUCCGUUCCGUGCUCAGUCUUUUAAUAAUUAUUUCAAUGAGCGACCAACAACAUGAAUUAAGACGUGAAAGUGACGCACUUUUAAAUAUUGUUUAUUUUCCAUAAAACAUUUUUAUUUGCACACUCCGCACAAGAGUUGAGAUGUAACACGUUAAUUAUGAAGCUGUUAAAGUGCCGGUUGGUGCGUUUUGUUACUUUUUUAGGGCAAAGCAAGGCUAGCAGCUUCCCCCUGAUUCCAGUCUUUGUGCUAAGCUAAGCUAAGCUAAGCUAACCGCUUUGGAUGAGAUUGUUUGUUGAAUAACCUUCUAGACUAAAAACACUGCGACUGUCUGAUGAACCAUAGAGUAGCUUUUGUAUAUUGUACACAUAUAAUUAUUUUAACUGCCGUCGGUAUCCAUGGUGACCGCUCUGAGGUUGAAUCAGACUCCGCCCUCAUAACCUUGAGCUCUAGUCUAGUUUCCAGUUAUUACAAUUAUGUUAACUUUCGUGAUUUUAAUUAUUUUUUUAAUGUUUUUUUUAAUUUUAUUUUUAUAUCUACACUUUUAUUUUAUUUGUCUCUUUUGAGCGAAAUGUAAAGUGUCUUAUUUUUUAUUUGUACAUCGUCCUUCAUAGAAAAAAACCUGCAAAACCGUUGCUUUCGUUAACUAAAAUGACACUAAGCUCCAAAA